CUCUCAACAGGCUCCUGCGACAACAUAAGCCUACUCUCAGCUCUACAUCAAGUACACACAGCUUCUUCGCGCAGUAUGGGUGCAUUGCUCUCGAUACCCUUCCUCGCUGUGCCUAGCCUGAGCACUGUCGGCACCUUUGCCGCAUCGUGUUGCGGCGCCGCGACAUGCUCCGCAGUAUGCAGCGCCUGCGGGAAGUGCAACAACAGUAUCGCCACCCGCAUCGCGUAUGCUCUCAUCUUACUCGUCAACUCGAUCAUAUCUUGGCUCAUGCUCACCGACUGGGCCGUCAAGAAGCUUCAGCAUCUCACGCUCGACUACAUGACUAUUACAUGCAACGGGAAGGACUGCUACGGCUUUGUGGCCGUACACCGCAUGAACUUCGCGCUCGGCUCGCUGCACCUCCUUCUCGCACUUAUGCUGCUCGGCGUGCAGUCAUCCAAGGACAAGCGUGCGCCAAUCCAGAACGGUUUCUGGGGUCCUAAGAUUGUCGGCUGGCUCCUGCUCGUCGUAGUCUCUUUCCUGAUCCCGGACGGCUUUUUCAUCACUUGGGGCAACUAUGUCGCCCUUGUCGGUGCCAUCCUCUUCCUGCUGCUCGGUCUCAUCUUACUCGUCGAUCUUGCCCACUCCUGGGCGGAGCACUGCCUCGAGAGGAUCGAUGCCACAGAGUCGAGAGCUUGGCAGAUUGCCCUGGUGGGCUCAACAGUGUCCAUGUAUCUGGCGAGCUUGGUUAUGACGAUUGUCAUGUACAUCUUCUUCGCAGGCAAGAACUGUUCCAUGAACCAGGCUGCCAUCACGAUCAAUCUACUCUUCUGUCUUGGCAUCUCCGUUCUCUCAAUCCACCCGACAGUGCAAUCAUAUAACCCACGAGCGGGCCUCUGCCAGUCGGCUAUGGUCGCUAUCUACUGCACCUAUCUCACUAUGUCCGCCGUGGGAAUGGAGCCUGACGACCAACACUGCAACCCGCUGGUACGCGCUCGUGGCACCCGUACAGCUUCCAUCGUCCUCGGUGCCAUCGUGACGUUCCUCACCAUGGCCUGGACAACAACUCGCGCCGCGACAUAUGGCCUAGCUCUUGGGGCCAAGGGCAACUCAUACUCCUCCCUCCCCCAGGAAGACUACGAGCACGGCCUUGUCACUCAGCAACCUUCUUCUCGCCGUGAGAUGCGCGCCGCAGCACUGCGCGCCGCCGUUGAGUCCGGCUCCCUGCCGGCAUCGGCACUCGAAGAAGACAGCGACGACGAGUCAGAUAACGGCGGAGGCUCCGGCCCACGCGACGAUGAACGCAGCGCUACACAGUACAACUAUUCUAUGUUUCACAUCAUUUUCCUGCUGGCGACGAUGUGGAUCGCCACGCUGCUCACUAUGAACGUGAAGCCCGAGGAGGGACAGAAAUUUGUUCCUGUGGGUAGGACGUACUGGGCCAGCUGGGUCAAGAUCAUUAGUGCGUGGGUGUGCUACGGCAUAUAUGGGUGGAGUCUCAUUGCACCGGCUGUGCUUCCGGACCGAUUUGACUAUUGAGCUAUUUCUAACAUCGAUCUCGUGGUUGGAGGCAAUCCGGGAGUGUACAUAACAUGUGGGAUGGCUGGAUGACUGGCUUAAUGGCGUUCUUAUGUAGAGCAAUAAACAUUCGUUUUGUGCAA